UGAUCAGCUAAAUUCAGUUGUUUCUGCCAAAACAGAGUCAACCAAAGAUUAUCAAGGAGGAUCCAAAGGACUUCGUUUCAAUACUGAAUAAUAUUCAAGAAAAAUCCAAUCAAGAUCUUCCUGCCUUUGAAAACAUGUCUGAAAAUCUACAAAAGGAGCCACAAGUUAUCCUCUGUGACAUGUGCACAGAGGAGGACCGGAAACCAGCACGGAAGACCUGCAUGAAAUGUGAGAUCUCCAUGUGCGGCCAGCACCUCCAGACCCACCUGACCACUCCUGUGUUACUACAGACUCAUCCUCUGACUGAGCCCAUGGCUUUAUGUGGCACCACUAAAUGCCCCCAACAUGGCAAACUGCUGGAGUACUACUGCUUGGAUGACAUGACCUGUGUGUGCGUUUCCUGCGCCAUUGAAGACCAGCACCGCCUUCACAACAUGAAGACCUUCUCCACAGCCCACAAAGAGCUCAUGGGGAAGCUCCACGCUGAGCAGCAGGCCUCACUGGUGAAAGCUGAUGACAAGCAUGUGAGUCUGGAAAAGUGGGAGAAGAGUGAAAGAGAGAAGCUGGGUCGCUCUAGCGUGCGUCUCAUUGAGGCUGUGACCAGCCUGCGUGACGUCGCCCUGACCAGCGUCCGGAGCUCAGUGUCUGCCCGUAUGGUGUCUAUCAAAAGCAGCAAGAGCAGCAUGCAGGCAGCACAGAAGGAGAAGGACGCCUUCAGGUUCCUGCAGAUGUACUCUCAGGUGCAUCAGGAUGUGGAGAAGGCCAAGGCUGUGGAUCUGAGAAAAGGCUUGGAGCCUGGCAGUGAUCGGGACAAACUGGUUCAGCAGAUAAGACAGAAUGGUGAAGAGAUGGUGAAGCAAGCAGGCCACUUCUGGGGAUCCCUGUUGACUCUGGUUGACCCAGAGAACCACCAGGGGUCCAUUGCUACUAGUUCAGACCUGAUCUUUGACCCACAGAUUUUGGGCCCUGGCAUGUCGCUGUCCAAAGACAAAAGGAAGGUUUUCUACAGUAGUUGGCUGGGGCAAUGUUCUGCCACUCUUCUAAUCCGUAGUACCCAGACACUUCCUAACUUUCAGAGGUGGAUGGUCAGUCUUUCCCAAGACUCUGACUGGACCGUUGGUCUGUGUGACAAAGAGUCUGAAAAGAACUUGCAGGAGGAGGAUGCGCUUGUCUAUGGUCUGUGCUGCGAAGGUAACAAGCUCAGCUCUCUCCCAACAGAGUAUGAUGAUUGUUGUGAUGCCUCAGUCAGUUCAAAAGGUCUUUUUGGGAGGCUGAAAAAUGUCACGACCACAAAAGAGAAACAACGCAGGGUGUCCUCUGCAUUAAUAACACAUCGGGGCAAAAACGGAGAUGAGGCCGCACCACGACCCGGAGUGGUGGAGGUGAUUUGGAACUUUGGCGCUUCCUCGCUGUCCUUCUUCGACAGAACUGGACGGCACCAGAGGGACGAAAUAAUCACAAUUAAUAUGAGCCUCAACAACAGGGACCUGGCCCCCUUUGUUCAAAUAGCAAAGAAAAAUGCCCAAAAUCUCCCCCAGCAGCAGUGGCAGUGCCCCUGUGGGAAGGAUUACUUGUACAACGGCAGCGAUGGAUACAGCGAUAUAUACUGCAAUAUAGACAGCUAUGAAGACAGCUAUGGAUACAUCAGCUAUGGAAUCUCCAGGACUCUCAUGGUUAAUUGUUCCUGUGGAGCAACUAUUGGUGAAAUAUGCACCACAGAGAUAGUUUGUGAACUUGAGUAAUGGGUGGGACACCGCUGAUCAUUGCUAAUCAUUAUAAAAAGCUAAGUAGUGCAUAGCUACAAAUAUCGACAUUAAUGACAUAUUUUGCUUAUCAUUGGAGGAGUAUAUUAUUCAUUUAGUGUUAUGUUGCUGACAAUAUAUAGUGCUUUAGUGCAAAUAUUAAUAAUGAACCAAUGGGAUUCUUUUCGUGUGUAAAAUACACAUCAUAUACUAUAAUAAAAUGUCACAUAUUUAGCUUUCACUGUUUGUUUUGGGAGUUACUUCUAAUGUACCAUGAUCAUUUUGUUUUAACUUCUACUUUUUCUGCCUGCUGGUGUAAGGUGUUUGUCUCCAUCUACUGGUGGUGAAUGCAUCAUUGCUCUCACAUAGUGCAGUUAUCUUUCAGUCAGAAUGGAAACAAGGAAUUUGUGUCUUUCGUGUCGUACUUAUAUUGAUUUUGAAUGAUCCGAUCAAUAAUAAAAGCAGUCAAAUUCUAA